GUGUUUGUGUGUACUGUGCCUGGUUACUCCAGGAUCUUCAUUCCAUUUGUAAAACAGAAAUGCACACAGUCGUAACCAUAGCAAGAUAACUGAUCGAUUAUUACUUUUUUAUUAAUUACUCGAUUAUUAUUUAACCAACAUACACUAAUGGCGAACGAAGUGAGCACGUGGUUCAAGCUCUACUGUCUAAUCGUCAUGACUUUGGUAGCUGCCACAUACACAGUAUCUCUCAGAUACACCAGGACCGUAUCAUCAGUCCUUUACUUCUCCACCACUGCAGUCUGCAUCACUGAGGUCAUCAAACUCUUGCUCAGUCUGGUGAUGCUGGUGAGGGAGACGGGUGAUGUCAUGAAGUGUAAAGCUUCUCUGGUCCAACACAUCUUCAGAAGUCCAAGGGAGCUGCUGAAGCUCAGCGUCCCGUCUUUGGUUUACGCCAUCCAAAACAACAUGGGCUUCGUAGCCUUAAGUAACCUGGAUGCUGCUGUGUACCAGGUGACGUAUCAGCUGAAGAUCCCGUGUACGGCUCUGUGUACCGUCCUCAUGUUGAAUCGCUCUUUGAGUCGUAUGCAGUGGUUUUCUGUCUUUUUGCUCUGCGGCGGCGUCACGCUGGUCCAGUGGACUCCACCUGACUCCACUAAAGUUCAGGUGGAGCAGAAUCCAUUCCUGGGCUUUGUGGCGAUUGCUGUGGCAGUGGUCUGUUCGGGGUUUGCAGGUGUGUACUUUGAGAAGGUGCUGAAGAGUUCAGAUACGUCUCUGUGGGUCCGAAACAUUCAGAUGUACCUGUCGGGUAUAGCUGUGACGUUCAUUGGUGUCAUCGUGACAGACGGGGCUAAAGUAAUGGAGAAAGGAUUCUUUUACGGAUACACGCCCUGGGUCUGCGUGGUGAUCUUUUUGGCGAGUGUUGGAGGAAUGUACACAUCUGUGGUGGUGAAAUACACAGAUAACAUCAUGAAGGGUUUUUCGGCAGCAGCUGCUAUCAUUCUGUCCACCAUAGCGUCUGUGAUUCUCUUCGGUCUGCAGAUCACGAUGACGUUUAUGACAGGAACCACAGUGGUGUGUAUCUCGAUUUACAUGUAUGGACUGCCAAAACAAGACACUAGUAAAACAGCAAGCGCAAACAAAGAGGAAACACAGAAACUCACAUCUGUCUGAUGAGACUUUAAUGAGAAACUGUGAACAUCACUGAAGACUUUCUGAUAGAUCUGUUUACAGCAGAUGAUCACUGAAGACCAUCAGAUCGCUAGAAAACUCAACAUCAUAUCAGAAAGAAGGAAAAGACUUGAGAUUAUCUUUUGAAUGAAGGGUGGGUGCUGUGGAAAUGAACUGGGAAGUGUUUUUUAUCUGUUCGAAUUAUAAUUUCAUUUAAGUGUUUGAAUGUCCAGACUGAUGUUUAUGCCACAAUUGUACACGUGUGUUUAUGAAAGCCUGGUUUAUUACGAAUAUUUAAAAAAAUAUUUCUAUAAGGUGACCCACAUGCGUCUGGAUAUCACUGCGAUAUAAAUGAUCAAUACAAUGUAAAUCUCUCGGGUUAGGGUAUACAUCUUUGUUUAGGACAAUCUCUGAAUGAAUCAAAGGUUUUAUUUAAUUUGGUGAUUUGUAACUGAGGGAUGAACACAUGAGUCUCAAUCCACUGAUGAUAUUAAACAUGCAUAAGGCAUUCAUUUGGACUUCAUGUGGGAACGUGGUUGUGAGGAAAAUAAUGAAUGCAAACAACAUGUAACUGAAUACACGACUACAAAAUAAACAGAAGUUUUAA